AAACGUACCUUUAGUUUGAGGUAAUUCAGAAACAAACAUGGCGAAGUUGUUGGGGUUAGAUAAAGUCGCUCAAUUGUUUCGAAUAAUACGGGCGAAUGGUGGUAUUUUUAAAUCUCUGCGUAACAUAUACAGACACGAUGAAUUGAAAAUUGGAACCUUGGUGGGUGAAGAUAAAUUUGGGAACAAGUACUAUGAAAAUAAUGAAUAUUUCUAUGGCAGAAAUAGGUGGGUAAUAUACUCUGAUCAAUUUGGUAUGGAUUACGAUGGUUCCCAAGUUACGCCAGAAUGGUUUGGAUGGUUACAUUAUAAGACAGACUUAAUUCCUUCUAAAGAUCCAGCACGACCGAAAUACAAAUGGUUAGCAGAUCCUACACCAAACUUUUCUGGUUCUGAUCAAGCUUACAUGCCUUAUAGUACUACGCCACCAAAAAUUCAACCUUGGAAACCACCACAGUAAUACAUGUUUGUCGUAUAUGAUUAAGAAAUAGCAUUGAUUAGAGUUAUAAGAGUGAUAGUUAUACUAUGUAAUUAAAUGUAAAUAAAUUACCCAUAUAAAAGAUAUACACCUAUCUGUAAGUGUGUAAAAAAGGAUAAUUA